UAUGUUGAAUUAAAGAAAGUAAUUAUUUUAUCAAUAAUAAAUUAUCAAAUUCGAGUAGUUUUAAUAAUUUGCAGUUAAUCUUGAAUAAUUAGGAGAUUCUAUCAAUUAAUAAGCAAUUGAAUAAAAUGAAAAGAUUUACAUGGGUAUUUUUAAGAACUUACAAAAAUAAUUGUUAAGAACUGAAUUAAAAAUUGAUUGAUAUGCUUGAUUGAAUAAAACAAGAACGAAAAGAUUC